CGCAUGUCAACGUAACAGCGUUCGCCGAGCACUAUCCCCAGAAUUCAGGCCGCGCUUUCGCUCCUUCUGCACUGCACACCCGCCGGAGCAGCUGCGCCUAGCACCACCUAUCGGCUAUCGAGAUAUAGCAUGCAGCCGCCGUGCCUGGGCGCGUGCGGGGGCAGCCUCGCUGUGUUGGGCCCCGGCCGCCGCCGUCCCUCCUCCGUAUCUAGGGCUACCGUCUCGUGCGCCGCCGGGGGCGGGAGGGCGUCGUCGAGGGGGAAGGAGAACGUCUGGAGCGUAGACAACGAUCGCGCUGCCGCGCAUAAGGACCGGUCCCAGAAGAACCGUCGCCGCAGGCGUCCGGGCGGGCGCCGUCUGCCGCCGCCGCUUCCCGGGAGGAGGAAGGAGAAUGAUGCGGGCUCGAGGGUUUUGGUGUCCGGAGCCAUGCUGGUGGAUGUCGAGACCGUGCUCCAGACCCAGGAACCUGUUAUAAUGCCUUCUUGGGAUACAUUUGCGAGUAGCUUGAGUGGCAUAUGGAAGGGUGUCGGAGCUGUGUUCUCGCCGAUCACAGCAGAGAUGGAGCCUGUUGGACUGGGAAGCAAAGAGGAAUACCUUUACGAUUGCUACACUCUUUCUCAAAUUGAGAAGAUGGAUGAUGAUGUUCAUGGGUCCGUAAUCCAAAGGAAGACAAAUUGGGUGCAGCUCAAUCCUCAUGGGGAAGCUGAGAAGCAGAGUGCCGGGCAUUAUGGUUGGAAUCAUGACAGUUCAAGUGAGAAAGUAACUGUUGAUUUGCCUGCGCAUGAAUCCUUUGAUCUUAAGAAGAGCGAGGUACUUGAUGAGGAUACUAUUACUAUGGAACCUGGGAUCGUAUUUUUUGAGGAUGGAUCAUACUCUAGAGGUCCGCUUGAUAUAGCAAUUGGUGAAUAUGAUGAAUCUAAAUACUUCCUUUCGCCAACUUAUAAGUUUGAGCAGUGUCUGGUCAAAGGAUGCCACAAAAGGCUACGUAUUGUGCAUACUAUUGAGUUCAAUGAAGGAGGAGCUAAUAUACAAAUUGUGAGGGUUGCUAUGUACGAAGAACAAUGGACCAGCCCAGCAAAUAUCCAUGUUGAAGACGAUGCCCCUGUUGAUGUUAGACCUUUUUCUCAAAGAAAGCGGACAAAACCAUCAGAACUGACAGGCUCAUGGAAAGUAUAUGAAGUCAGUGCAACACCAAUUUACAGUGAGGAGAUACAAGAACUAGAGGGUGGAGCCCCCUUUGUAUACUUGUGCAUGGAAACCAUGAAGAAGAGAACCUUGCCAGAGAGUUCAGUUUUCUUUGGGGAGGAGGAGAUGCUCGACAUGCAAGAUGUGACUGUACUUUGGUUACCUGGUGGUGUCACUGCCUAUGUUGACGUGGAUAAAGACGGUAUACUCUGUAUAGGAGUUAGUUGGUACUCGGACGAAGGGAUUAAUCUGGUGAUGGAGAGAGACUAUGGAACCGAUGGGAAGCUCAGAGAGGUUCGGACAAAAACAGAAGUUAAGCGCAGGUGGAAUCAACCAGUUCCACCAUAAGUCAAAGAUUUUGACUCUUUCCUUGAGCUUUCUGUUUCUAUUAACGCCUUCGUUUCUGGAUAGGAGUGUAGCUAGCAGCAGCAGUGUCUAUGGAGGCAUGAGUUACAAUAAAACUGUGUGCCAGUUGAUGUACAUCAUAGACCAGCUUUAAAAUUUCUUGCCUCUGUUGAAUCUGCAGGCUUCAGUUUCA